AUGGAGGAGACAAAAAAGAAUGUGCUUGGUGAUUGCUUUACCAGUGCUAUGGCACUUACAGAGUCAGGUGUCCCUCAUGUGCCAACCCGUUACAUUCUUCCUCUUUCUCAACGACCAGUUCUCAGUCCAAGCAUUGGCGCCGGUAGCAUUGAUCUUCCUGUCAUUGAUCUCUCCCUUUUACACGAUCCUUUGCGUAGACACAGUGUCAUCCAUGAGAUUGAAAUGGCCUGCAAGGGAUUUGGUUUCUUUCAGGUUACAAACCAUGGAAUAUCAUCUUCAGUGAAGAUGCGUUAG